AUGGAUGACAUUCAUCAGCCAACUAAUUUUGGUCACUGUACAAUUGAUGAUAAGCGCUUUUCCCUACUGACCAUUGAUAAUCAUACUUUCUUAUGCAAAAAUAACAAUAAUGUGAACGAUAAUAGUGAUAAUAACGAUGAUGAUGAUGAUGAUGAUAAAAAUAAUGAUGGAAGUAACCGUAAUGAUGGUCCUUUUCUGAAGCCAAAAAUACCAGUACGAAGUACAUCAUUGCAUGCGAGUGAAUCAGACGCCUCGAUGGUCAUUCACAGUGAAGAAAUUAUGUUGAAAAUGUUUGAUAACUCCAUGCAGGAUACAUUGCUUUCUCAUUUGAGUACCUUUCGACGAAAUCGUGAACUUUGUGAUGUUGUCCUUUUUGUGCAUGAAAAAGAGAUUCUUGCUCAUAAGAUUGUUCUGGCAGCUUGUUCACCUGCGCUCAUGGAUAUGUUUGUCAGAAGUGAGAACGGAGACCGAUCUUCAAAACGUGUAAGUACAACGAUGCUGUCGACAGCAGGUACCGCUUCACCACCACUGACAACAGCUCUUGCUUUACCGAUAACAACACAGCCACUUUCUUAUUACGAAUUUGCUGAAGCUGAUUAUGAUUGUUUCGAAGCUAUUGUAAACUAUGCAUACUCUUCUCAUUUGGAAAUAAGUAGCAGAAAAGUUGGCGAACUCUAUAAAACUGCCUGUGCUCUGCAGGUAACUCCGAUUGCCAGAGCUUGCGCUCGCUAUCUUAUCGAAAACCUUAAUAUCAUGGAUUGCAUCGGGAUUCGACGUCAAGCUAAUAUUAAUGAUGAUGUACUUGUGGAACAAGUUGAUAAUUUCAUUGCUAAAAAUUUUGCACAAAUCGUUGAUGAAAGUCCAGGAUUCACUCAUUUGCCUCUUAUUAAGGUCCGUUUAAUUUUGAGCAGUGAUGAUAUCAAGAAACUUUGCUGUGGCGAAGAUAUCGCGUUGCGCGUUGUGCAAUACUUCCAGUCACUGCCUCAUAUUAAUGAUCGCAUCGAACAAUGGAUUGAACAACUUGUGGAAAAGACACAUAUGUUGUACACCGACACAGACUGCAGGUUGCAGGAUUGUUUGGGGAUGGAUGACCGGAGUUCUGUGGGAGCGUCUGACAUAAUCCAGGAUUAUAAGCGUACGGGUGGCUAUUUACCACGCACUUAUAGUGGAAGCAAUGUAUUGGAAGUCCAAAGUCCUGCUCAUCAUAUCACAGGUGCUACACAAGUGCAUCUGAAUUCAACUCGUCUAACCAACACAAAACUAUCGUCAGCAGAAAGUAAUAGUUCAUUGAGCUCAAACGCUGAACCCGAUGAUGAAUCUUACAAACUGAUCGCUGUGCAUCGAACAGCUGGUAAGAAUAAAAAAGACUUUUGGAUCACGCUGGCAGUAUUCCAUCGGUGUUUGGUUGCGCUCAGUAUUCAGCUCUCAGAAGCUGAAAAUGUUAUAAAAUCACGUACGACUUCACAAGUUGUUGAACCUUCACCAAUUUUUGAAAUAGUGCAACAACAGGAAAUCGCAGAGGAAACAGUUGUGAGAUUGGUAUCAUCAGAAAGCAGUUCACGUAUCCCACUACCACAUAUGGAGAGUCCGAGAUGUUCCGUUGGAGGUGCAUUCAUCAAUGGGAAAAUUAUUGUUUGUGGUGGUUAUGAUCGUGGCAAGUGUUUGGAGUCAGUGGAAGAAUAUAAUUUAUUGAAGAAAAACUGGCGUCGUUUAGCCGACAUGGCACAAUGCCGAGGUCGUUUCGAUGCAGCUGUUGUGGGAAGCAAAGUUUACGCUGUUGCUGGUAGUAGCGGAAGUGUGGAUUUAAAAACAGUGGAAUGUUACGACUCAGAAAUCGAGAAAUGGUCAUUGGUGAAAUCAUUACAUCACGGACGCAGUCAUAAUGACAUGAGUGUAAGAUUUCUUAUUCUAUGUUGUGCUGCACUGGAUGGCUUAAUCUAUUGUAUUGGGGGUUGCUGUGAGCAGAUCGUUUUGAGUGAAUGCGAGAGGUAUAAUCCUGAAUUAGAUGAAUGGGCGUCAAUAACGCCACUACGAACAGCACGUUUCCAGGCUAGCUGUACUUCAUGGCAUGGCCUCGUGAUUGUUUGUGGAGGAUGCAAUGGUUGGAAAUGUUUGGACUCAGUUGAUGCCUAUUCUCCGAAGACGGGAAAAUGGCAAAGACUAGCAUCCUUGAAAACAGCUAGACGUGGAUCUGCUGUUGCCGUGGUAAAAGAUUCAUUAUUUGUUAUUGGCGGUCAUGACGGCACGCACUCGCUGAAUUCAGUAGAAAUCUUGGAUGAUCCAACUGGAGAAUGGCGUUCAGGUCCAUCACUUACUAUACCACGUGCUAAUGUCAAAGCUGCAGUAGCUUCGGGUGAUGAAAUAUAUCUUUUGGGCGGUUUUGAUGGAACACAAUUUCUUUCUUCUAUUGAAGUGCUCAACAAUGGUUCGAAUUGCAAGGCUGGCGGAAUUGGCAGUGAGAGACAAAAUUAA